AUGAACCCUGAUGGAGGAGAAACCAUGAAGGAAUUCCUCUUCCUGGAAGAAGAACAGGCGAACCCUCGAGGUGCCGAGGAGUUGAGAGAGGAAGGGAACCCAUCGCCCGCGUUGAGCGAAGGGGGGACAGACCCCUCGGACCCGUCGUGGAAGCCGCUGACCUCCACCCAGUUACCCGCAGGCAGGGGAGUGACGAUGGAUCUGAUGCAGCGGCAGGUAAACGAGUCCUGGAGGGCGACAGUCGAGCAACGGGAGCAGAGGAGAGGGCUGCCCGGGAGAGGCACUGAACCCCGUCCCUUUGCCGGGGAGGGUCCACAGGACUAUGAGGAUGAGAUGCCUCAGCAGGGGACAUCAGUUUUCCCCACGGGCCUGUCGGGAAGGAGCCAAAUGCCUGGGAAGGGAGAAUUUCGGGUGAAGUUCAACGGGGACCCCAAACAGCUGUCUUAUUUCAUUACAAACGUAAGACACUUCAUGGAGGAUUUUGGGGACCAAUUCCCUUCAGAAAGCGCAAAAAUCCACACGGUGGGGGCAAACUUGAAAGAAGCAGCUGCAGACUGGCUAAUGCAGAUGUAUGAUACUGGUGCCCGGGAGCUGGCCUGCCUGGAGGAUUUCCUAAGAGCUUCGAAGACCCUUUGGCAGAGGAGAGGGCGAAAGCCCAACUCAAAAGGAUAUACCAGGGAGGAAGGACGGUGUCAGAAUACGCCCUGGAAUUUAAAGCCACAGCGGGGAAGAUUAGGGACUGGUCCGACACCACCAAACUGGAAUAUUUCAGGGCUGGUUUACGCUCUGAGGUGCUCGAGUGGGCUUUACACAGAGGAAAUCCAAGAGACUUGGAGGACUGGAUUUUGCUGGCGGGGCGCGUGGAGGUGGACCAACAGCAAAUCUCUCGUCGUCCAAGGGAGAGCAACAGAAUCAAACCCCCGACAGCAGCAACACGGCGCUUCUCCCCUCGUCGCGGAAGGUCGACCAGCAGGGAGAGGAGAGCAGGGAGGGGGGCCUGCUUCGCUUGCGGCCGCGAGGGACAUCGAGCGGCAGAGUGUCCGAAAGGGACACUCUGACAAGAGGAGAGAGGCUUCACAGCCAGAAGCCACCCCACCAGAGCUCCAAACUAGCAAAAGGGAAAGCUGCCAUGGCAACGGAAACGGCUUUAGUCCCAGGGCAGCUUCAGGCAGAAGAGAUGGAGGAAGCGGAGGACCUGGAGUUACCGGGAAACGACUGGCAUCUGUUUUGAACGCCCGGAGACAGAUCGAACCACCAGAGGGCGACGGGGGUGAGUUGAGAAGAGUAAAUUGUGACAUUGUGAGAGUCAGAGUGAGGCUGUUGAACCCAGAGACAGGGAUUCAGGUAGAAGCAGAUGCUAUGUUGGACUGUGGGUGCACGAGAUGCCUAAUUACUCCCGAACUAGCAAACAGGUUGGGGGUGGAGCCAAACCCACUAAAGACACCAGUAGUCUUCGCACAAUUGGAUGGAACCCCAGCAUACGGAGUCCCAGUAACAGAAAAAAACAGGGUUUUUAAGAAUGACUAUGGGUUCUCAUGCUGA